UUGGGCUUUUAUAGGCCGAGGCGCCCGCACUCGCUGAGUCCCCGCUGCUGGCCCACACUCAUCAUGCGUCCUGGGGCACUGUGGCCGCUGCUUUGGGGAGCCCUGGUCUGGGCGGUGGGAUCCGUGGGUGCCGUGAUGGGCUCGGGGGAUUCAGCGCCCGGUGGUGUGUGCUGGCUCCAGCAGGACAGAGAGGCCACCUGCAGUCUGGUGUUGAAGACUGAUGUCAGCCGUGAGGAGUGCUGUGCUUCCAGCAACAUCAAUACAGCCUGGUCCAAUUUCACUUACCCAGGCAAUAAAAUCAGCCUGCUGGGGUUCCUGGGGCUUGUCCACUGCCUCCCAUGCAAAGAUUCCUGCGACGGAGUGGAGUGCGGGCCCAGCAAGGUGUGCCGCAUGGUGGUGGGCCGUCCACACUGUGAAUGCGCACCAGACUGCGAGGGGCUUCCCGCGGGCUUGCAGGUCUGCGGCUCUGAUGGCGCCACCUACCGAGACGAGUGCGAGCUGCGCGUCGCGCGCUGCCGCGGGCACCCAGACCUGCGUGUUAUGUACCGAGGCCGCUGCCAAAAGUCCUGCACUCACGUAGUGUGCCCGCGCCCCCAGACAUGCCUUGUGGACCAGACUGGCAGCGCACAUUGCGUGGUGUGUCGUGCCGCGCCCUGCCCGGUGCCUUCCAGACCCGGCCAGGAGCUCUGUGGCAACAACAACGUUACCUAUAUCUCCUCGUGUCACCUGCGCCAGGCUACCUGCUUCCUGGGCCGCUCCAUUGGGGUUCGCCACCCGGGUAUCUGCACAGGUGCCCCCAAAGUACCACCAGAGGAGGAAGAGAACUUCCUGUGAGCUGCAGCAGCUGGGCCUGGUAUUUGAGGCCAUCCCAAUUUUAUUUAUUGUCACAGAAAAGAUUCUAAUUUAUGUCACGUGGACAUUCCCCAAACCUGGCCUGGAACCACUUUCGGAUCCUCUAGGAUCCUGAGCACAUAUCACAAAGACUGAAGGGAGAUUUUAUAA